UAAAGCAACUUGUUUAACGAAGGAAGUAUAAUUUCCGGUCUCUGCACCAAUUAAGAAUGUACAUAACUAUUAAACUCACAAACAUCUAAAUAGGUGCAUACUAAGAUUUGAAUCAUGAUGAAUAGAGUCAUACACCCAUAAUUCUACCAUCACAUCAAUGGUGAUUUAGGAUUUGAAUUAUAAAGCAACUGUGAUGGUGUACAUAGAGGCACACUCUCCGACUGCAACCUGGUGGCUCUUGGACGCAGAUAUCACACUUAGCUUCAAUUCGUCUCAGCGUCUGAGCUGAAGCCCUCCCAAUUCUCCUUAAACCGGUCGAUCAGACGAUCGCCACAAUGGCAGCCGUGGCGCCGCCGCCGCUGAAGUACAGCCCGUGCCACAGUCCCGACGGGCUGGUCUCGGAGGUGGCGCUGCGCAUCAUCGUGGAGGCCAAGGCGUGCUUCGUGGCGCUGGCGCUGGCGUUGGCCUACUUCCUGACGGCGUCGCAGCACAGGCUGUGGAGCUCCAGCCACCUCAUCAAGGGCUUCCUCUUCGUCGUGACGCAGCCCGUCACGCGCUUCCUGGUCGGCAUGUUCAGCAUGCUGCUCGCCAUGCCAUUCCGCAACGACCUCUAUCUCCUCUGGGGCAUCCUCCUCCUCGCCGGCUACGAGGGCGUCUACACCAUCUCAGGCUACGGCGUCUCCGCGCGCCGCUCCGACCUCUCCGUCCACGAGUUCGCGCGCGGCUACAACAUCGUCCUCGUCGGAAUCUACGUACGCUACUACUCGCCCGCCUCGCAGUUCCGGUACCCGCUCUGGGCGCUCUUGGUGCUCAUGGUCACCAAGUUCCUGGAGCGCAUCGUCCGGUUCAAGAUCGCCAACGGCAAGUACGGCGACGCCAACACCAACUUCGUCGCCGACUACAUGAAGCACGAGGACAGGAUCGAGAUGAGCGAAAAAUCCACAACAAAUUUCUCCAUGGAAGAUUGCAAUUACCUUAUCGUUGGCGACUCCAAGGCGGAAGUGGAAAGGGUGGAGAACAAGUACGAGGCGAAGUUCAAGCCGGCGAGCGACACGGUCACCGUGGCCAAGGUCUGGAAGUGCGAAGGGAAGCUCCUGACAUCGAAGAAACCCGGCGACGAGCUGAAGGAUGUCUGCCUCUCCUUCGCGCUGUGCAAGCUGCUGAGGCGGAAGUUCGCGGGCGUCGCAACGGCCGAGAGCGAGAAGAAGAAGGCCCAGCUGGUCUUUGAUAACCUCCUCAGAAGCGGCUCGGAGCGAACGUUCCGGGUGGUCAGGACGGAGCUCGGUUUCGCGCGAGACUUGAUCUACACCAAGUACCCCAUCUUGUUCAGCUCCGGCUUCCCGGUAGUGAGCACCAUGCUGUUCGCCGUGACGCUCGGCGUGUCGGUGUGGAUCACCGCGUCGGCGGUCCGGCACUACCGGAUUCCCCAAGGGAGCAGGUCCAACGUUGUCCACGGCAGGAACGUGGACUUGCUCAUCACUUUCGUCAUAGUGGGCAUGGUUACUGGGAUGGAGAUCUGCGAGUUCUUCAUGCACCUCUUCUCCGACUGGACUAAGGUUAUGGUGAUCUCUGAAUAUGUCCGGAAACCGUGCCUUCGACGCCCUUCCUUCCUUAACAGCUUACUGCGGUUCGUCUGUUGCGGCAAGAUCGCGGAGCCCAUUGGCAGCUCUCUUGGACAGUUCGACCUUCUCAAAGCGACCCAGGAAAGAUGCCUGCCGGAGGGCAUCGUCAAGCUGUACCACACCGCAAGAUCGUUCGUCCUGCUGACCGGAGACGAAGAUUUCCGCGUCAAGAAAUGCAAGACUCUCCGGCCGGUUCCUGCCGCUGUGCUGACAACGAUACGUGAUACGCUCCUGAAGAGCAGAGAACGUUUAACAAGAGGUCUGGAGCGGCGACAGAAGAGAAUCGAGCUGGAAGGCUACGAAGCGCUGUCAGAUUAUUGCAAGGCCCCGACAAACAUCGAGACGAUCAUGGUGUGGCACGUCGCAACCAGCGAACUGGAGGACGGCCGGAGCAGUGAAGGAUCGAACAAUUUGAAGGACGGCCGGAGCAUUGAAGGAUCGAACAAUUUGGAGGACGGCGGGAGCAUUGAAGGAUCGGAGGACUACAAAAUUGUGGCGACCACACUGUCGAAAUAUUGUGCCUACCUGCUGUUCUACAAGCCCAAGCUGCUCCCCAUCGCCAACAACUCCGUGCGGUACAUGUGCAGCAAGCUAGUCGACGAAGCAAAAGCAAUCAACGGAAAAGAAGAAGCCAACGGCGGUGAGAAGGAAGCUAAUGGCAAGCCCGAAACACAUAGUGAUAACCAAGAGGCCGGCAUUGUGUGGAGAGGCCUGAAGCUCGCGAAAAACCUCCCGGAGUGCGUGCAGGGCGACGACCCGUGGAAGGUGCUGGCCGAGCUGUGGUGCGAGCUGAUAAUAUCGAUGGCGCCGCACGGGAACAUAGGCGCUCACCAGAAGGAGCUCGGCAAGGGCGGCGAGUUCAUCACGCACCUGUGGGCGCUCCUCUACCACGCGGGGAUCGGCGACGAGUUCUCGGGUUCGUCGGCCGGUGGCGAUGCUGCGGCUAGUAGAGACGAUCACAACAGUCAAAGCAGCGUCUGCUCCGCUGUGCCAUGAUCCGGCAAUACGGUGGAGGCUUUCGAGUGUGAAGAAACUAGCAGAAACUAGAAACGCGCACUUCUCUCUGUGCGAGAAGUUGCAUCAUUUUUCGGCUUUUCCCGUUGCUGUAUUUAGAGAUGUCACUCUUGUGUUAAUCUUGUUGAAUUGAAUGUCUUACCUUAAUGUAUGUACGUAGAGGUUGUCUCGAACUCUGAGUGGUCUGCACUCUGCUGCUGAUGCAAUGGAUCAGUGGUUAUUUGUUACUGCGCGUUGUUGACAACCAAUAUAAUUUUUGAAUAAUAUUUUUAGAUUGGAUAUA